GUCAGUUGUUAUCUGUUCGGGGCGCCGUCGCCGCCGCCGCCGCCUCACGAGCCCGGUGCCCAGGAGGUCGGCCUCCUGCCCGCCUGCCGCCCGCCGCGCCCGCCCGGCCCCGCCCGCUCGGCCCGAUCGCCGCGCCGCGCGCAUGGGGCGCGCCCCCGGGGGGGCGGCCGAGGGCCGCUGAGCGCCGGGCCCGCCCCCGCCGAUGCGCCCAACCGCCCGCGCCGGGGGUCCCAGGCCGCGCCGGGCCCGGGGCUGAGCCGCCCCCCGCGCCCGGCAUGCCCGGCCCGGCCCGCCGCCCGCCGCCGCCCAGGGCCGGAGCCCGCGCGGCGCACACUCAGCCCGGCGGCGCCGCGUAGCCGAGGGAGCCCGCCUGCUGCGAGCCAGGCGCGGGGCGUCAAGGUCACCGGCCCGACGGGGCGCACGCGCCGCCAUGGAGGCCAAGGUCCGCCCGAGCCGGCGCUCGCGAGCGCAGCGGGACCGUGGCCGGCGCCGGGAGGCCGCCCGCGACGCCCGCGCCCAGAGCCCGUCGUCGGGCGACGAGCCCGAACCCAGCCCCGGCAAGGAGAACGCGGGCCUCCGCGGCGCGCCCCCCCGAGGCGCCGCCCCCGCGCCCCGCGCCGCGCGUCCCUCGCGCCGCCGCCGCCGCGAGUCCAGCUCGCAGGAGGAGGAGGUCAUCGACGGCUUCGCCAUCGCCAGCUUCAGCACCCUGGAGGCCCUGGAGAAGGAUAUGGCCCUGAAGCCACAUGAGCGGAAGGAGAAGUGGGAGCGUCGUCUCAUCAAGAAGCCCCGGGAGUCGGAGACCUGCCCACCUGCGGAGCCCAGUGAGAACAGGCGGCCCCUGGAGGCAGGCAGCCCUGGGCAGGACCUCGAGCCUGCCUGCGAUGGGGCGAGGAAGGUCCCACUGCAGCCCUCCAAGCAGAUGAAAGUCACCGUGUCCAAAGGGGGCGACCGGGACAGUGACGACGACAGCGUCCUUGAAGCCACCAGCUCCCGGGACCCGCUCAGCGAUAGUUCUGCGCAUGCGGUCUCGGGGAGAGGCUACUCUUGUGACAGCGAGAGCGGCCCGGAUGACAAGGCAUCCGUGGGCUCCGAGCAGCUCUUUGCCCCGGGAACCGAUAAAGGCCCAGCGGUUGAGAAGUUGGAGGCCAAGGCCGGGCCGGUGCCCAAGGUGUCAGGCCUGGAGCGCAGCCGCGAGCUCAGCGCCGAGAGCUUCCUGCCCACAGCCAGCCCCGCGCCCCAUGCCGCGCCCUGCCCGGGGCCCCUGCCCGGCUCCCGCGCCACUCCCCUGGUGAAGAAGGAGACCCCCGCCCCGCCCCACCACACCCCGCAGCCGCCACCCCCGCAGCCCCGCGGCCUGCUCUCGACACACGUGCCUGCAUCCCUGGGCGCCUUCGCGGGCCACGGCCAGGCGGCAGCCAACGGCCUGCACGGCCUCAGCAGGAGCAGCAGCGCCCCCCUGGGCCUGGGGAAGCACGUGUCGCUGUCGCCACACGGGCCGGGCCCCCACCUGUCUACCUCACACCUGGCGCUCCGGUCCCAGGCGCAGCACCAGCUCCACGCGGCCAUGUUUGCUGCACCCCCGACACUGCCCCCGCCCCCGGCACUGCCGGCCAGCAGCCUGGUCCUCCCAGGACACCCGGCCGAUGCCAGCCUGUCGGUCUCAUUCAGCCAGCCAAUCAUGUAUUGCCAGCCUCAUUCGGGGAUUCUGAUUGGUACUUGGUCACAGGCUCCUCUCUUACCUGCACCCCUGGGCCCGCACGUGGCGAGCGGCCACCCCGGCUUGGCCUGCCGACCCCGGGAGUGCCAGUUUGACAAGUAUGCGCCCAAGCUGGACAGCCCCUACUUCCGACAUUCCAGCGUGAGUUUCUUCCCGUCCUUCCCUCCUGCCAUCCCAGGACUGCCCACCCUGCUCCCACACCCCGGCCCCUUCGGGUCCCUGCAGGGCGCUUUUCAGCCCAAGACUUCAAGCCCCAUUGAGGUGGCCCGCCGAGCUGGUGCAGUUCACACACUCCUGCAGAAAGCGCCUGGGGUGUCUGACCCGUACCGGGCGGUGGUCAAGAAGCCGGGGAGGUGGUGUGCCGUGCACGUGCAGAUCGCCUGGCAGAUCUACCGCCACCAGCAGAAGAUAAAGGAGAUGCAGCUGGACCCCCACAAGCUGGAGGUGGGUGCAAAGCUGGACCUGUUCGGCAGACCCCCUGCCCCGGGCGUGUUUGCCGGCUUCCACUACCCACAGGACCUGGCCCGGCCCCUCUUCCCCAGCACAGGUGCCGCCCAUCCUGCCUCCAACCCAUUUGGACCCUCAGCCCAUCCUGGCAGCUUCCUGCCCGCUGGCCCCCUGACAGACCCUUUCAGCAGACCGAGCACCUUUGGGGGCCUGGGGAGCCUGAGCAGCCACGCCUUUGGGGGCCUGGGCAGCCACGCACUGGCUCCUGGUGGCAGUAUCUUUGCCCCCAAGGAGGGCUCCUCUGUGCACGGCCUGCCCAGCCCCCACGAGGCCUGGAACCGACUGCACCGGGCACCGCCCUCCUUCCCGGCUCCGCCCCCAUGGCCCAAGUCCGUGGACGUGGAGCGGGUGUCAGCCCUGACCAACCAUGACCGAGAGCCGGACAAUGGCAAGGAGGAGCAGGAACGGGACCUCCUGGAGAAGACGCGUCUGCUGAGCCGGGCCUCGCCCUCCACCCCCGCUGGCCACCCCGUCAGCGGCCUCCUGCUCCGGGCCCAGAGCGAGCUGGGCCGGCCCGGGGCCCCCGCAGAGCGCGAGGCCGAACCUCGGGUCAAGGAGAGCCGCUCCCCGGCCAAGGAGGAGGCCGCCAAGAUGCCCGCGCGCGCGUCCCCGCCCCACAGCAAGGCGGUCCCUGGAGACGUGAAGGUCAAGGAGGAGCGCGGGGAGGACGAGGCUUCCGAGCCCCCGGGGGGCGGCCUGCACCCCGCGCCCCUGCAGCUCGGCCUGGGCCGCGAGCGCCUGGGCGCGACGGGCUUCACGUGGGAGCCUUUCCGCGGCCUGGAGCUGCCGCGUCGGGCCUUCCCUGCCGCCGCCCCCGCCCCGGGCUCCGCCGCCCUCCUGGAGCCCCCGGAGCGCCCCUACCGCGACCGCGAGCCCCACGGCUACAGCCCCGAGCGCCUGCGCGGAGAGCUGGAGCGCGCGCGGGCUCCGCACCUGCCGCCCGCCGCCCCCGCCCUGGACGGCGCGCUGCUGCCCUCGCUGGGAGCCCUGCACUUCCCGCGCCUCGCGCCGGCCGCGCUGCACAAUGGGCUCCUGGCACGGACCCCGCCCGCUGCCGCCGCCCUCGGUGCACCGCCCCCCCUGGUGACCACGGCGGGGCCCCCCACGCCCCCCGGGCCGCCGCGGAGCCGGACUACGCCGCUGGGGGGCCUCGGGCCGGGCGAGGCGCGCGACUACUCCCCGUCCCGAAACCCCCCGGAGGUGGAGGCGCGGUAGCCCCGGGGCCGCAGACGCCUCUCCGAGCGCACCGCUGUUCCUUUCUCCAUCAGUUCCUAGAACUCAAGCACAGCUCCCGCCGAUCCUGGGGCGGCGCCGCCUCUCCACCCGCAGCCUGCGGAGGCGGGGACUUGGGUGUCGGCUUUUCUGAGGGUGAUCUUUUGUUUUCCGAGUUUGGGAUUCGGCUGUUGGGAAAAAAAAAAAAAAAUCGCGUUUGUACCUUUUCCCCCCACAGAUGAGAAGUGUUUGUAAUGGAUUUGUAUUUUUCUUAAUUUUAUGCUCUUUAGACGUUUAAAAGAACCAAAAAAGAAACUUUUGCUUCUUCGUUUUCGGUUGGGAUUUGCAGUUUAAUGGCCUCAGAUCCUUCUCCAGAUCCCCAGGGUUUCUUUGUCUUAUUUAUGGAGAAAAACCGGUCACUUUGUCCAGCGCACUGUGAGGCCCCCACUCAGGCCAGCCCUGGCCCCCCCUUGGUACUUGGAACCGAAGUUACAGAUCUAUAUUAAAAUAAUAAUAAUAAUGUACAAAACUUUGUUUUUUUGCCUUAUUAUGCUGAAGUGUAAUUUCUUUUUUGGUUUUUUUUUUAAAAGCAAACGAAAUGUGUAAAUAGUCUGUUGAUAUAAAUAUAUGACGUUACUAAAUUCUUAAUCUAGCUAGACUUUAUAAAAACGGUUUCCAGAAACCCCUCUGGUUGUUUGUCUAACAUGGUCACAAAAACCCAGGCGCUGCCGGCUGUAAACAUUAUCAGAAGUUUAAUGGCAGCAACUUUCCUUCAACUAUGCAAGCGCUCCCCGGCGGCUCUGCUGGUUGGGGAAGGUUAUGCCAGCGACCUCCCAGCCCCUGGGUCCAUGGAGGGGUUGGGUCCCCCCAGCAGGGCCCCUGGGCCAGAACAGCACUCCUGGGCAGCUCCUGUGGGCUUCAGGACUGGCCGGCUCCAGCCGCAAGGGCGAUUCUGUGGACGUUUGUGUGGAUGGUGCAGUGUUCUCGGAAUCUGUAGACCAGAUCAGUGGAGGUUUAGAAGUGCAAGAGUCUAAAGGCUGAUUACAAAAAAAAAAAAAAAAAAAAAUCACUGCUGUGUGUUUUCUUCCAUCUGAGGCAUCAACGUCACCUCGGUGUGGUCAUUGCCUCCCAGGCCCUUGGCCUGGCCUCCUCUCUUUGGGUUUUGCCCUCACCCACAUGAGCCCCCCCAUGCCCUGCCCCCCGUUGCGGCCUUUUGUGUUCCCCGACGUCUGGGCUGUGUCCCUGCCGGGCUUCCCAGCCUUCGGGGUCAGCCGUCGAGCCACUUGCUUUGCUCAGUUCUGUGUUUCAGCCACGUUUCCACGGUGGACCCUGUUUGUUUUAAAUAUUCUGUUCCCAUGUCAAUCAAUGACGAUAAAUACAGCCUUGAUUUGGAUGAAA